CAGAGGACGCACAGUUCAGCUCCUGUCUCAGCCACGCAGACACCGGUGAAACUGCUGCUUGAUUUUCCGCUACAAAACUCACUUCAGAUCAUUUUAAAGUGGGGAGUUAUACACCCUCAGUGAAAACGAAGAAGACAGGUCGUAUUAAAAUACUGUAACUUCGGUCCUAAUCGUCCUUUGUGUUUGGUUGGAGAGUGCGUAGAUGAUGGAGCGCCAACUCGAGUUUAAGAUAUUUGCGCUGCUGCUGCUUGGACUGUCAGCGCUGGCUUCACAUGAUAAUGACACCUCUGUGGCACCAGAAAGUCCAGCUGGUCCCAGUUUGGACUUGGCCCUUGAGACUGAGACAGGACCUGAGUCUGAAUCUAAACUCAAGAAAAGUGCUACAGUCAGUGUGUCCAACAAUAACACAGAGACCAGUCCUACCGGUGGUUUCAAUGGGACUACAGUGCCUUUGAUACCACUGAACACGUCCAAUGGUACCUCCACACCAACAGUCUCUUCAGCGUUUCUUAAUGGAACAAGUUCAGAAGAGCCAACACUACUUCCUACUUCAGAAAACCAAACCUUGCCCACUCAAUUUACAACCUCUUCUACAAUCACAUUAAGCUCAACCCAAAACAAUGAAACAACAUCUGUGCCAGAUAUGUCUUCAUCUCUGGAAACUACCAACACGUCACAGCCAAAUGUUUCCAUACAUACUGACAAUUUUACACCAACAACUAAACAAACUGAAUCUAUAAGUUCUCCUGUCGCUACUACAACUAGCACUCCAAUAACUACUUCAGCUUCCAGCACUACUUCUGCCAUUAUUACACAAGAAAGAACUCGGGCACCUGCAACCACGUCAAAAACUACAUCUUCUGCACAUUUAGGAGUACAAAGUGAAUCACCAGCCACUCGCAAAGCUAUCACGCCAUCUCAACUAAAUGUCGGAGAAGACACUACUAUAGUGCAUGAGACUCCCACCCUGGACCCCCUGUUGGCUGGUCUGGUCUCAGCCUUCAUCAUCGCUGCAGUCAUCAUCACUCUGCUCCUCUUCCUCAAACUGCGGAGGAGAGACACUCGACCUGAGUUCAGGAGACUACAGGACCUGCCUAUGGAUGACAUGAUGGAGGACACACCCUUGUCCAUGUACAGCUACUGAAGGAAGCCAUAUUUAAACUUCAAAUACUUGAACUGGGCUUUGUGUCACAGCCAUAGUUUUCUCUUCUUCAUUUGCCCCACAAGGAAGGGACAAGGUUUAUACAAGAAUGUGUCCUGAUGGAGGAGUGCUAGAUGAAAAAUAGAGAGGAGAAUUAUUUUUGCUUCAACCCACUUUGAGUUCACUUGAGUUGGUGAUUCGUGAAAGGCGGGCAUUUUUGAAUAUUUGGAUGGUUCUUGGCUGAAUAUUGAUUGAAUCUAGUUUCUGAAUAACUUGGGACACUGUCUUUUGGAGUCACUUGUUUAAAAUGUUAACUAAGGUAUUUGAGAGGUUAAGUGUUACAGAGUUUGCACUUUAUUUUUUCAGGGGUUGAAUGAAUAAGAACUAUUUUUGUGAAUGUGAUAAAUUGAGACUUUUGUGCCUAAAUAAGUUCAUAAUGUGUGUACCCUACGUUUGCUCACAUGCUUAAUAUUUUGAUAUUUUUGAGGUUUUGUUUUGUAUUUCUGCUGUAGAUUCUUAUUACUUUCAUUGCUUUUGAGAGUGCCUUAACAUACAUAAUUGUUCAGCUGUUCCAGGCGACUGAAAAAAAUCUCUGUUAUCAUUUAAUUCCCGAGUGAUAUGUUUGUUUGCCUUAUUUAACUGCAUCCUGUAAUUUCUAAAUUGUCUUUGACCAGAUGCCCUUAAUUUCUUACCAAUUUUCCAAGUUUGGGACCAGCACAAACAGUAUACUGGUUGUCAUUUAUGCUGUAAAUACUACUGACCAAAUGUUAAGACAUUGUUGAGAUAAGUUAUGUUCAAAUCAGGCAAAACAUUAGGACUACUUGAAAUUUAGUAACACAUUUGCUGUUGAGCAUGACAUAAGUAUCAAUUAACAAACAUUUCACUUUUAGAUGACAUUUGGCUGUAAGCAAUAGUACAAAAGAUAAUGACAAAAAAUAGGUCACAAGUCCUGGUUUUGUCCUGGUCUGAUGUUUCUGGUGCUUAAGCGCCUUAAUAUUUGGUCAUAUUGUUAUGCAUCUUCUGUGCUUACUAAUUUCAUUGAUGCCAUAAACAUAUUCAGAUGACGAAUGGGCUGCCAUAACCAUGUUUCACUGUUCCACAUCAUUCUUAAAGUGCUGUAUUUAAUUUCGAUCAGUUAACACCUUUGAUGAUGUGCUGAAUUUGUGGUUUUGUUUUGUAUUGUACUUUGGUUCAAGAUUCUUACAAUUAAAACUCUUUGGAUAAACUCACAAA